AUGCAAUCCAUCUUCUUCCUUCUUUUCCUCACAUUCAGUGCUGUCGUCCUGGCUACCUCAUCCACCUCCUACAAUAAAUGGGUCGAGGGUCUUCCCUCAUGCAUGCAACCCUGCUUCAACACCUUCUUUACGAAUAUUGCUCAAGCCAAAUGCGGCAAAGGUGCCAGCAGCAGCACCAAACCAUCCGACAUAAACUGCAUCUGCCAAUCAGGCACUUUCACCUCGAGUAACGGGAUUGCGCCGUCCAUCGCCGACUGUGCAUCGGUGCUAUGCCCGGAUGCAGCGUCUCAGUUGCAAACUGUCCUGGGUUCUUAUACCCAGUUAUGCUUGAAUCAGGUCAAUUCAGAUGGAUCCGUGCCGAGUCUAGGGAGCACAACGCCGGUGUCUGGCUUGGAUGCAAUCCUUGUGUCGGGCGGUAUUGCCCUUCUUCAAUGUGUCUUAUAG